AGUAAUGGCGUCCUACUGUAAACACAGUUGACGUUUACCGCUAUGCUAUUUCAUUGAGUAUUGUUAUUAUAUCAUACAUUACAUACGUUUUAUCACACUGUGUAGAACAGGUUUGAGGAACGUAUAUGACUGGCAUCUGAGGAUAUCGUUCGAAAGAUACUUUACCAGAAAUCCAUCAGCUGAGUGCUGUGGUCAAGACCCUGACAGAGAUGGAAGAUGAUUCCUCCCUGCAUCGACUGGAAGGGAGUGACCCCAGUGUUCAGGUCGGGGGGCUGAUAGUGAAGAAGAAGAGUGCUUCAACAGAACAGCAUGUGUUCAGAGCUCCCGCUCCACGAACCUCACUCCUGGGCCUCGAUCUGCUGGCCGCACAGAAACGCAAGGAGCGCGAGGGCAAGGAAAGUCUGGAUGAUCAACCCAAGAAAUCCAAGGUGUCGUCCUACAAGGACUGGGAGGAGGGACAAAGUGAUUCGGGGUCUGAUGAUGAAAAUCAAGAAGAUGGCGAUAGCAGGAAUGGGAAAAAGGAAAGGAAGUACCGUGUCACUGGCUCAGAAACACCCUCAAACCCAGGAGGGGUUAGUGAGGAGUUCAAGCAGAAGCAUCAACAGAGGGAGAAGGACAGACGUGAGCAUGGGGUUUAUGCGUCCUCCAAAGAAGACAAGAGCAGAGACAAAGACCGAUCCAGAGACAGGGACAGAGACCACGAUCGCUACCGUGACAGAGACAGAAGGAGAGACCGAGAUGAACGGGAAAGCAGCCGCGGCCGUGGCUCCAGCAGCAGUCGCUCUGAGCGCGGUGAUGGCAGUGUGAGGAGUGAACGCUCGCAGAGGGACGGCUCGUCCGACCGCAUGAGUCGCGGUACUCGCCGCGAUGAGCCCGAAUCACCCCACAACAGAUCCAAAGAUUUGGCCACUCCAUCACGCUCCAGCUGGGAUGAGGAUGACAGUGGAUAUUCCAGCUCACGCCACUCUCACUGGGAAAGCCCGUCUCCUGCCCCGUCACACCGGGAGUAUGACCGCUCCGAGCGCAGCCAUCGCUCAGUCCGUGACAGUGAGAGGAGAGACAGGUCAAGUAAACCUCAAUAUCCAGCAGAAACUCCUCUACCAACCCCAUCAUAUAAGUACAACGAGUGGGCCAAUGACAGGAAGCACCUUGGCUCCACCCCACGCCUGUCCCGAGGAAAAGGCGAUAAGAGGGAGGAUAGAGAGGAUGGCAUCCUAUUUACUAAUGAAGAAGAGAAGGAACAGUGGGAGGAAGAUCAGCGGCAAGCUGAUCGAGACUGGUACAUGAUGGAUGAAGGUUUUGAUGAGUUCCAUAACCCCUUGACAUCCAGCUCAGAAGAAUAUGUCAAGAAGAGGGAGCAGAUCCUACAGAAGCAGACCCAGAAACGCAUCCCAGCGCAGAAACGGCAAAUCAAUGAGGAUAACGAACGCUGGGAGACCAACCGCAUGCUCACCAGUGGAGUGGUUCAGCGUUUGGAGGUGGAUGAGGACUUUGAGGAAGACAAUGCAACCAGAGUCCAUCUGCUUGUCCAUAACCUCGUGCCACCCUUCCUGGACGGGAGGAUAGUCUUCACGAAGCAGCCUGAGCCGGUCAUUCCAGUGAAAGACGCGACCUCAGACAUGGCCAUCAUCUCCCGCAAGGGCAGUCAGCUGGUCCGACGACACCGAGAGCAGAAAGAAAGAAAGAAGGCACAACACAAACACUGGGAGCUCGCUGGCACCAAACUGGGAGACAUCAUGGGAAUCAAGAAAACCGAGGAGGAUGGAUCAGAUGGAAAAGCUGUUGGAGAAGAUGGAAAUGUGGAUUACAGAGCGGAGCAGAAGUUUGCUGACCACAUGAAGGAGAAGAAUGAAGCGAGCAGUGAGUUUGCUAAGAAGAAGACUCUAUUACAGCAGAGGCAGUAUCUGCCCAUCUUUGCUGUUCGCCAGCAGCUGCUCAACAUCAUCAGGGAUAACAAUAUUGUGAUUGUGGUGGGGGAAACGGGCAGUGGUAAGACGACUCAGCUGACGCAGUAUCUACAUGAGGAUGGUUACACCAGCUAUGGCAUGGUGGGCUGCACACAGCCCCGAAGAGUGGCAGCCAUGAGCGUGGCCAAGAGAGUCAGCGAAGAAAUGAACAGUAACCUGGGAGAAGAGGUUGGUUAUGCCAUCCGUUUUGAAGACUGUACAUCAGAGAAGACUGUAAUAAAAUACAUGACGGAUGGGAUUCUUCUGAGGGAAUCUCUGCGGGAGUCAGAUCUGGACCACUAUAGCGCGGUAAUCAUGGACGAGGCCCAUGAGCGCUCCCUCAACACUGAUGUGCUCUUCGGGCUGCUUCGAGAGGUGGUGUCUAGACGCUCGGACUUGAAGCUCAUUGUCACAUCUGCCACCAUGGACUCGGACAAAUUUGCAGCAUUCUUCGGCAAUGUACCUAUUUUCCACAUUCCCGGCAGGACGUUCCCAGUGGAUAUCUUGUUCAGCAAGGUUCCUCAGGAGGACUAUGUGGAGGCGGCUGUGAAACAGUCCUUACAGAUUCAUCUCAGCGGGAUGGUGGGUGACAUCCUCAUCUUCAUGCCUGGUCAGGAGGACAUUGAGGUGACGUCAGAUCAGAUUGUGGAGCGACUGGAGGAUCUAGAGAACGCUCCGGCCCUGGCAGUGCUGCCCAUCUACUCCCAACUGCCCUCUGACCUGCAGGCCAAGAUCUUCCAGAAGGCUCCUGAUGGAGUGAGGAAGUGUAUUGUCGCUACAAACAUCGCUGAGACGUCUCUGACCGUGGACGGCAUCAUGUUUGUGGUGGAUGCUGGUUACUGCAAACUGAAGGUGUUCAAUCCCCGUAUUGGCAUGGAUGCGCUGCAGGUUUACCCCAUCAGUCAAGCCAAUGCAAACCAGCGGGCUGGAAGAGCAGGAAGAACAGGCCCGGGACAGUGUUACAGGUUAUACACUCAGAGUGCCUUCAAGAAUGAAAUGCUCACCACCACUAUCCCAGAGAUCCAGCGCACUAACCUGGCCAAUGUUGUGCUUCUGCUCAAGUCACUGGGAGUUCAAGAUCUCCUGCUCUUCCACUUCAUGGACCCGCCGCCUGAAGACAACAUGCUGAACUCCAUGUACCAGCUGUGGAUCUUGGGAGCGCUUGACAACACAGGCGCUCUGACGCCCACCGGGCGGCUCAUGGUGGAGUUUCCUCUGGAUCCGGCUCUGUCUAAAAUGCUGAUCGUGUCAUGUGACAUGGGCUGCAGUGCCGACAUUCUCAUCAUCGUCUCGAUGUUGUCUGUGCCGUCAAUCUUCUACCGACCAAAGGGUCGAGAGGAGGAGAGUGACCAGGUGAGAGAGAAGUUCUCGGUGCCUGAGAGUGAUCACCUGACCUACCUCAACGUUUACCUGCAGUGGAAGAACAACAAUUACUCCAGCAUCUGGUGUAACGAUCACUUCAUCCACACCAAAGCUAUGAGAAAGGAGUACAUGCAGUGUGUGACGGCUGUGGACGGCGAGUGGCUGGCUGAGCUGGGGCCCAUGUUCUACAGUAUCAAACAUGCAGGAAAGAGCAGACAGGAGAACCGAAAGAGAGCCAAGGAGGAGAUCACCAACAUGGAGGAGGAGAUGUCUCUUGCACAAGAACAGAUCCGUGCACGGAAAGAGGAGCAGGAGAGGAAGAGCAAUCUGGGCAGCGUCAGGUCAAUAAAGAUCUUCACCCCUGGAAGGAGAGAGGAAGCGCCCAUGACACCAAAACGAACACCGGCCCGAUUUGGCUUAUAGUGCUUGUAUCUGCAAUUUCAGGCAGAUAGUAUUGCAAAUAUGAUGUUGCUUCAGUCAGUGCAGUUUUAUUAAAUAUGAUCAUCGCAGUGCUUGGCACAUGCAGCUUCCAGGUUUGUCCAACAGUAGGAGCAAUUGUAUAAGGAGAACAUUUCUAGCCAUCAUCUCUUCCCCUCAGUUAAAGUGUUAUUUGUGACUGUUUUAGACGGUCCAAAAAAUGGAUGCUAGUACUGCAUUCAAUCAACGUUUGGCCAAAUUCAAAAACAAACACAUUUGUCGUUCUUAUAUUUGAAUGCACUUGAACUAAAGAAAAAAAAAAUCAGCUUUAUUUGACAUUAUAAAUAUACUUAGCCCAACGACAGGCUUUUUUUGUUUUUUUUUAUGCUUGAAUGUUUGUGUACGCUAGAACAGUAGAAUUUAUUCAUGCCCUGCUGUAAUAUUCACUUUACCAUUGAAUUAUAAUUCACAUUCUCUCAUAUUUCAGCUUGUGAAAUGCAGCUGUUGUAUCAUUCUUUCAGAGAACACAGAGCAUCCAUGAAUAUUAACUUCCUGUACUUUGAUAGGUUAAUCCCCUGUGGAUGAAGCUUGUCUUUGUUAUUCUGACAAAAACAUUGCUAGAAUAUUUCAUCAUUCUGCUGGAAUCAACACUGACCAGGCGGCGGUCAAACCCUUUGUCGUCUUUGAUGCAAUUGGGCUGCAAGUCAUUGAACAGAUGUGCUGUGUACCGACAGAGAUGACAGGCGUUCACACAAUCCAUGAUCAACCGCUUGCCACCGACGCUCAUUUCACUUUCUUUCUGAUUUUUAGAGCUGUUUGUAUUUUUGGAAACUGUGAAUAAAGAGGUCUGUUGAACUUUAUUAUUCUUCAUUGCUGAUGUGUAGGUACAGUAUGUCUGUAUAUUGUGUUGCUUUAUUUUGUUGUAAGAUUUAGAUAUGCAGAAGUCAAAACCUGUUUAGACGCGACAAAUUGUUUUCAGAAAGGUUGGAAAAUGGGAAUAACUCUAUUUUUGAAAGUGUAAAACAUUCAUUCUGUGUCUCCUUUGUAUUUCAAUUUUACUGUUUUAUAUUAGAUAUUAAAGAAAUGAAUCCAGCAAUG